AUGAGCGGGGCGCCUGUUCCGUCUGUAAAGCUUAGCGUACGAGAGCGACUACGUCAACGCCUCAAGCCUGGAAGCCGUGCUUCAUCACCCACCCCAGCAGGUUCAUCAUCAACGCAGAUUUUAGCAUCGUCAAGCCCACCGUCAGCCAGACCGCUUGCCACUAACUCAUCAAAUGCAAGUACUGUCCCCUCGUCAUCACAGCAAGCAACUCCCAAUCCCUCUAGCCACAAUAUCUUAGAUGUUGCUCUCAAACGACUCUCGGACAACGAUCGGGAAACCCUUAGAAAACAUAUUCCUCCGACCCUUAGCGACAUUGACUUGGCGCUUGAGCAGGCUGUAGCUGCGGCUAAGGAGAAACAACGGUGGUGCCUGGAGGAUAGGUGGAGGAUUACACUUGCUGGGCAAGAAUUCAUUUUAAAAGAGAAGGCCGACAAGAUAGUCAGGUGGCUAAACCGUUUCAAAGAUGUGGGCAAUGUUGCAGCCGCUGCAGAUCCGAUACAUACCGGUUUGCCGUGGGCUGGCAUUCGUUUGCUGCUCGAGGCUGCGGUAUCUGAGACAAACCAAAUGACUUCCCUGCUAGUUGGAUGCGAGACGGCCUUGUACAUGGCGAAUCGACUGAAGGUGUACACGGACUUCUUGCGUCGACUGCCUGCGACGCUGGCCCGAACCAACUUUGAAACUGCAGUAACAGAACUGUACACUCUUAUCCUUCAGUUUCUGGCGCAAGCCAUUCAGAUAUACCAGACUCCGACGUGGAAACGCGCAUUUAAAGCGUUCUGGGAAGAGAAUUACGUCCAGAAAUUCGAACAGGAGUGUGAGAGUCUUGCGAGGGACGUUGAGAUCGCCGCGAGUAAUUGUGACCGCAUCUUGAGCGCUGAAGACCGAGAGCGUAUGGGAAAGCUUUGGCAAGAUCAAGAGAAGGUGCUUGAAGAGCUCAAAGCCAUCCGCCAGAUUCAAGAAUCGCUAAAUCGACUGGAGAUUAAGUUUGACUUGGACAAGUUGCCAUAUGCCGAAGGUGCUAUGUUUGAUUCUCAUGCGGUGGGCCAUGAGACCUGUCAUUCUGCUACCAGAGUCGAGCUGCUAGGCCAAAUUCAGGAUUGGGCCCAGCAACCUCAGGGCAAGAGCAUUUUCUGGCUCAAUGGGAUGGCGGGCACGGGCAAAUCGACCAUCUCAUUAACCGUCGCAAAGUGGUUGGCCAGUCAAGGUCACCUUGGUAUCGAUCUAGGAGCCAGCUUUUUCUUCAAACGGGGUGAAGGUGACCGGGGCUCUGCUUCACGAUUCUUUUCGACUAUUACCCGACAGCUCGUAUUAAAAAUACCCGGUCUGCACGAUCUUGUUGCCAAAGCUAUCACAGCUGAUCCAUUUAUUUCUAACAAAGCAUUGGGUGAACAAUUCGGCAAAUUAAUUUACCAACCAUUACGGAAUAUAGUUGUCCGUCCUGGCAGUUGCCCUAUCUUAGUCUUGGCGGUGGAUGCUUUGGAUGAGUGUGAGAAAGAGGGCGAUAUUAAGACCAUUCUCGAUUUGUGGUCUCGAAUACCUCAGAUCACGACAAUUCGCCUCAAACUCUUUCUUACGAGUCGGCCCGACUUGCCUGUUCGGCUUGGGUUCAAGUCCAUGUCUGUCGACUCUUAUCAGGACAUCAUUCUCCAGGAUGCAGUUCCCCGAGUGACGAUUCAGCAUGACAUCUCCGUUUUCCUCAAGGACGCAUUCUCCGAGAUUCGGCAGAACUAUAAUAUCGAUCCGCCUUUGGGAAGACUACUGAAUCAUGACUGGCCCGGCGAGAAGGUUCUUGAAGACUUGGUCAACAUGGCCAUCCCGUUGUUCAUCGUUGCCGCUACUGUGCGUCGUUUUGUAAGUGACCCCAACUGGGAUCCUCAAGAACAACUCGAGACGAUCUUGAAAUUUCAGGGGAUUGGUCGGUUGGAGCAGAUGGAACAGACAUAUCUACCCGUGCUUACCCAAUUACCGUCAACGUUAAGCAACUCGAGUGACAAGGGGAAGCUAUACCAAGAGUUCCGAAUGAUUGUUGGAUCCAUUGUUAUCCUGGCCGAACCACUUUCCACGACCUCACUGGCAGCUCUUCUGAAUAUAUCUUCAGCUACUAUUUCACGCAGGCUUCGUCCGCUACAUUCUGUUCUGCGGGUCCCGGCCGACUCUGAGACUCCUAUUCGGACUCUCCACUUAUCCUUUCGCGAGUUCCUGUUGAGCGACAAAAUGCGAGACAAACCCUUCGGGGUGGAUGGCCCAGCUACGCACCGAUUACUUUUGACUAAAUGUCUGCGAUUGCUGUCCAAUGGUCUGCGAGAGAACCUAUGCGAUCUUAAAUAUCCGGGCCAGCCACGACGACAGGUUGACCGAGCUAUAAUCGAUGAACGCCUUACACCCCCCUUUCAGUAUGCAUGCCGGUACUGGGUGUAUCAUGUCCAGCACAGCAAGGCUCCGAUUCAUGACGAUGAUGAAGUGCAUAUGUUCCUACAGAAUCACUUUCUCCACUGGCUUGAAGCUCUAAGCCUAAUGGACAGAAUCACCGAAGUCAUUGGACACAUAGGCGUCUUACAAUCAAUUGUGCUGGUAAGUGGCCUCUUGUUAAGAAGUCUAGAGAGAAGACUGGCCCUAAAAUGA